AUAAAGAACGAUAAACGGUUCAAAUUGACUACCGUAAAUGCGUUGUAAACAGGGAAAAAGCAAACCGCUGAACCAUGAUGCAUGAUUUAAAAAUCGAAAGUCGUUACAGCUAUCCUGUUGUGAUAGGACUCACAUUCACAUAGCAUUGUGUAUUUUCAUUGCGGUAGGUUGUAGAGUGAAAUGGUUCGUUGGUUUAAAAUACUCGCUGAUUUUUGUGCUAAUAAAAUUAUCCUUUGUGAGUAAAUAGAGAAAAAUUAUGCUUUUAGUAAUUGUGAAUUUAAUUCUCGUUUUUUUCGAUCAAACAUAUUCGCAACAGUGUCUCGACCAUCAAGGCAAUCCCGUUGAUUGGUUUGCAUUGUAUAAACUUCCCAAAAUUCGAGACCAUCCGAAUAAAAAUGUUCAGAAUGGGAUAGCUUAUUUAUUUGUUACCUCGGAUACUGUAACUAAAGGCUGGACUCUGGCUAAUGAUACAAUAAUGGACGAAAAUUCCAUUCCUGGUAAAACGCUUUCGGUCAUUAUUGGCAAUGAAGUCGAAGAUAUUUUUUGGAUAUUCUACAACGAUCAGCCUCCUAAUCAACCCUACACUAUUUUACAAGGACAUACUAAAGGAGCUGUAGUAGGUAGUCGUGAUAAAGGAUUUUGGCUGGUUCAUAGCGUGCCUCAUUUCCCAGUGAUUAAUCGACAGGAUGGAUAUGUGUAUCCACAUACUGGAACCACCUAUGGGCAAAGCCUUCUUUGUAUUAGUUUGAAACCCACUGAUAUGGAGAAUAUUGGUACUCAAUUGAUGAUUAAUGAUGCUAAAGUGUACGAGAGUACCUUUCAAGGAACAUUGGCCGAUGUAUUUCCUCAGCUUAAAAAAGCAGCAGAUAUGCAAAGAUUAUCUCAGAAUGAGAAUAUUGUUACUAUUCAAUCUGUCGAUGAUGUAUCGUUUCUAUCUUUCGCUAAAUCUGACUCAUUUGAUAAAGAUUUAUACAGUCAAUGGGUGUCGGACGAAUUGAAAUGUACCUUAUUUGUUGAAACCUGGCUACAUGAUGACAGAUUGCCAUCAGCUUGCAAUGAAACUUAUCCAGUCCAUAAUAUAAAUCAAAUAAAAUGGAAUACUCACAAUGAUCAAUUCAGUAAUUAUAAAGAUCAUUCAAAAUGGACAGUUUGUGCUGAAGAAAACAUCCCAUGGAUUUGUAUUGGCGAUAUCAAUAGAGCUUCCACUCAGUUCAAACGUGGAGGCGGUACAGUGUGUUUGAAAAAUCCUAAUUUAUGGAAAAUGUAUUUCAAAAUGGUCGCAGCGGUAGAACCAUGCCCUGCCUAAUGAUCUCUCUUGCUUGUUCACUUUUCAGCCAAUUUGUAUAUAGGUAUUUUUCGAUUAUUUUGUGCAUUUUUGUUAAUUUUUAAAGUACCUACAACAAUACAACAUAGGUAAAAUAUAGAAAAAAUUUUAAUAAAACGUAAGACUGAUUCGAUAUAAUAAAAUUUUGUAGUUUGUAACAUUCAAUUAUUAUGAUUUAUGAUUUUCAUUUAGGUAGGUACUAGGUAGCUAGGUACAUGUUAAAUUACUUGAAUUUCAAUUUAUUCAUUAUUAUAUUUUUCUUCGAGGAAAGAAGUAGGUAUCAUCUGGUUUCCAAAGUGCCCCAACUGCUGCAGUCUGCCGUCUGCCCCUGUGUCAAAGACACUUUCUUCCUCCUUAGUCGCAGCCCUUUAUCUCCCAUACAUACUUCACGUAAUACUUAAUUACUUAGACUUGCUAGAAAUUUCAAAAAUUGAACAUUUUAGCGCUAAAAAAUUAUUUUUCUCAUUUCACAAUUUUAACCAUCACUGAAUUUACUACUCACGCUCUCUACAAAACACUGAAAAGUUUCAAAACUAAGCUUGUAAACAUCGAAUUGAUAAGAGUGAGGACAAGAUUGACAAGAAAAAAAUAACUAUAAAACAGCAGUGAAAAAUGUCCGGAAAAUAAUUAGUACAAGGUUUUCGAAUAUUCCUAAUGACUAAUAAUUAUUGUAGAGAAUGUGAGACUGAUUAAUUUUUUGAUGAAUUCAACCUAACAUGUUUACUUACCGCGUAAAACCUCAAUUUUCAUCGUGGCUGCGAGGUAGAACCAAAUCCAAAA